AUGACCGAUAGUAUAAACAGCAUACAAAAAGAAGCUUGGCUGCCCGAUUCGGCAGACGCACACUCGGUAGCCGUCGAAGACUACAUUGCCGAAACGCGGCCUUGGUACAAGGUAAAGCACUUGCGUUGGUUGACUUUUAUGAUUUUCUUGAUCACACUCACAUCGACAAACAAUGGUUAUGAUGGCUCUAUGUUGAAUGGUUUGCAGUCUUUGGAACACUGGCAAAAGACUAUGGGGCAUCCCACAGGAAAAAGACUCGGCCACUUAAGUAAUGGAGCCACUUUUGGUGGCAUUGCUGCGUUGCCUAUAAUUCCUUAUCUCAGUGAUCACUACGGAAGAAAGAAGCUUGUUAUUGUUGGCCAGACUUUAGCUGUUGUUGGAGGUAUUUUACAAGGUGCAUCCACAGGAUAUGGCUUCUUCUUGGGCGCGAGAAUCCUUCUUGGUUUUGGAACCAUGGUUGCUGUAGUACCCUCUCCACCACUUAUUUCCGAAAUAUCUUACCCUACACACAGAGCAACAUGCACUUUCGCUUACAAUAUCUGCUGGUACCUUGGUGCUAUUAUUGCUUCGUGGGUGACUUUUGGCACAAGAACGAUCAAGGGAAAGGCUUCUUGGAGCAUUCCUUCCUACUUGCAAGUUGCAAUGCCAGCGUUCCAGCUCGCCCUUUUCUGGUUGGUUCCAGAGUCCCCUAGGUAUCUAGUUGCCCAGGGCCGUGUUGAUGAAGCAAAACGCAUUAUUGCAAAAUAUCACACCGGAGACUCAAAUGAUCCAAGAGAUAUGGCCUUAGUUGAUUUUGAAGUUACAGAAAUUCAGUGUGCUUUGGAGGCCGAAAAACUAAACACUAAUGCAUCUUACCUGGAUUUUAUCACAAAAAAGAGUUUUAGACGCAGAUUGUUCUUGGUUUCAUUUAUCCCUGUUAUGAUGCAACUUUCUGGUAACGGAUUGGUCUCCUAUUAUUUGGUGAAAGUCUUGAUUUCUAUUGGUAUUAAACUGACAAAGAAACAAUUGGAAAUUAAUGGUUGCUUGAUGAUUUACAACUUUGUUAUUUGUGCGAGUUUGGCAAGUACCGUUCGUUGGUUCAAGAGAAGAACAUUGUUCCUUUCCUGCUGUGCUGGUAUGUUAUUGACUUAUGUUAUCUGGACAAUUUUAUCAGCUCUCAACCAAGAACGUGACUUCAAAGACAAGAGUUUGGCAAACGGUGUGCUUGCAAUGAUCUUCCUUUACUAUCUUUUCUACGAUAUUGGAAACAACGGCUUGCCCUACUUGUAUCUCACGGAGGUGUUACCCUAUUCUCACAGAACAAAAGGUAUCAACAUCAUGCAAUUCUGGAUUGCCGGAAUUCUCAUCUACAAUGGGUACGUUAAUCCAAUUGCUAUGGAUGCAAUUGAAUGGAAGUAUUAUAUUGUUUACUGUUGCGUCCUUGCUGGCGAAUUAAUCAUUGUUUACUUCACAUUCCCAGAGACGUCAGGCUACACUUUGGAGGAAGUGGCGCAAGUUUUCGGAGAUGAGCCUCCGGAACUCAACAAAAGACACGCAGACAAUGCUCUCACAACCAAACAGUCUAUGGAACAUGUGGAAGAUGUCUAG